AUGGCGCGACCCAUCCGAGCGGCAGCUCGAACGGCUCGAGCAGCCUCCCAGUCACAGCUUCGCUCCACCGGUUUCUCACCAACGCUGUCUCGAUCCAGCGCCGAAUCUUCGCCCGAGUCAGAGUUGGCUCUUUACCCAUCCGCUUCUGGCUCCUCUUUCGCACUGCCUUCACAGGCCGAUAGCGAUGAGAGCGAUUGGCAAGCCUCCAAUUCGUACCCGGACGCGAACGCGAGUUCCAAUAGGAAUGCGUAUGGGCAGGCAUCCACAUCUGGUCCAUCCGACGCGAACAGAAGACCGUCCAGCUCUGCAGACUCGGCGUCCGAGGGGGAAGAAGAGGAAGAGCGCGCAGAGAGGAGAGCCCGACUCAAACACAGCUUGACUCCACGCAGGAAGAACUUGACGAGGCAAGAGCUGGACAUGUUCGACGAUCUCCUCAAGGUUGACAUGAGUCCCGCUGCGCAAUGGUUAACUCAAAGCGGUCUCAAGGUGGGUAAUUUGAUGUCUGAGCAAUCCCUGGCUCGACGUAGAGGCAAACGCAAAGAGCGUCAAGCAGACUGGGAACUAGCACAAGAUGGGGAUCGCAGAGGCGCGCAGCUUUCCGAGAUGGAUCUGGAAAUCACACACAGGCUCAGGACGGUUGACGGUAAAAAAUCAUCGAUAGGAACGAGCAUCGGCUACCGUCAUCCUCCCAAGCCCGACAUUACGAGCAGCAGAUGGCCCUCACAGCAGGUGGAAGGAAUGGCGCUCAUCGACGAGCUGCAAGCGGUCUUGAGAGCCGAAAGGGAUGAUCGCCGUGAGCGCAAGCGCGCGGUCGGCGCGGAUCGAAGGGCUUCCAAACGUUAUGCUAGCGGGAGCGUCGAGAUGCGGAACUCUCCAAACGAGACCCGUAGCAAGCAGAUGAGCGAGUCGCCCGACAGCGAUUUCUCGAGCAGCGGCUCGUCUACAUCAUCAGCAUCAAGUAGCAGCGCGAGCAGCAGCAGCUCAUCAAGCAGCUCAAAAUCCAGAGCAUCUCCACGUUCCGACAGCGGAUCAUCAGGCUCGGGUCACUCCUCACUCUUCGAUGCAGGCUCAAAUUUGCGUUCAAGAUCACUGUCACCACCCCAAGAUCUACUGCCCAGAGCCCUUCGUCUACAAUCUGCGCUAUUUCGCUUGCUACAUCAAUGCACCCCGAGCGCGUACAUUCUCCGACCUCGAUUGGAUGGACAGAGCGUGCUCGACAGGCUUGAAGCUGCUGGAGCUUCUCCCGAGGAUGUGGAGAAUGUUGCUGAGCGAUUGAAGGGCAUCGUCGAUCUCGAGGUACGCGGCGCAAAGCCGCGCUGGGCAUCUGAGCAGCAGCAUGCGAGAGAAGAUUACGAGAUGACUUUUUCGGGAUUGGCAGAAAUGGGUCGAAAAAGGUCGGGCGAGGCGGACAUGUACAGCCCUUUGGGCCCUUGUGGGUGGUCCCACUUUCGUCGGCGGAGGAAGCCCUCAGCCUUGGAAACGUCUCAUUAUUCCAAAUUUGCCUCUUUGCGAACGCCAAACUGCGAUGUGCGGGGCGUGCUCGAUGAUCCGCUCCUCGUCCCUUCUGUCCCUGCCUCCACCAUCCCACACGCGAAUAACACGGCGGGUUUGGAGACACUCUUAGCUCCCAAAGCUUUCAGGAGACGAAGGACGGUGCUGGACAAGUCGAUCUUGCUGGUCACUUCAGAGGAAGCGGCUUCGCUAGCGGGUGCUCCAAUCGAAGUUACGAAGAAGCCUCAUUCGAGAGACGGCCCGGACAAGGAGCCUGUCGAGACCUUCCCUGCAAAUGAACGGCUGGAGAAGGUAAUGUACAAGAGGAAAAUCUUGAAGCUGGUCAUGAAAGUCGAGGAGAGGGAGGCGGAACAGGAAAGGAUCAACGCGCUUGUGCGCCCUUUUCGAUCCGAGAGAGGUGUGGAAGAAGAGGGCAGUGAAGAUGAGGUGCAAAGGACGCCAGAGUCGCAAGUGCGCAUCAAACAGGAAAUGCACGAGGAUGCGCUGAGCCAAACGUCUCAAAUUGCAGAGCAAAGUGAGGAGGAUCGUCAUGCAGCGGGCAGAGUUGCCGAUGGGCGACAAGCUCCGGAAGCCUCUCCCUCUACCGAGCAAGACAUGUCAGCAGGCAUCGCAACGCGGAAACGCUCCAGAGUCUCCCCUCCCGCUCCCACGCCCGGAUCGCAUCCGCAGAGGGCAAAACGGGCCAAGCAGUCAUGA